AGGAGACAAAGGUCACUGGUGGCAAUACAAAUUUCAAAGAUAUCGUGAUGUUCGAGGCUCGGCUUACGCAGGCUGAUGUAUGGAAGAAGGUCAUUGAUGCAAUAAAAGACCUCGUACAAGAAGCAACUCUUGAUUGUACAGAAAAUGGUAUCAGUUUACAAGCUAUGGAUAAUGCCCAUGUGAGCUUGGUGUCUUUGCUUCUGCGGAGUGAUGGCUUUGAGACAUACAGAUGUGAUAGGAAUCUUUCAUUAGGCCUGAACAUCACAAGUGCGUCUAAAAUUCUACGAUGUGCUAGUGGGAACGAUGCAAUUACUCUUAAGGCUGGAGAUAAAGCGGAUACACUGACAUUUGUUUUUGAGUCGAAAUCCCAAGAUCGGUCAUCGGAAUUUGAGAUCAAAUUAAUGGAUUUAGAUGUUGACCACCUGGGUAUUCCCGAUACUGAUUAUAAGUGCAUCAUACGAAUGCCUUCUGCACAGUUACAAAGGAUAUGUCGAGACCUAAGCCAAAUAGGAGAUUCCGUCGUAAUAUCGGUUGCUAAAGAUGGUGUUUCGUUCAGCUCAAACGGUGAUUUAGGUACUGGAAAUGUCAAGCUUUGUCAGUCCGCUAACGCUGACAAGCCAGAGGAGUCUGUUUCAAUAGAAAUGCACGAGCCUGUUUGCAUGACUUAUUCCUUGCACUAUUUCAACAUAUUCACUAAAGCCGCUCCACUCUCUAGCCAAGUUGUAUUAUCUCUGACUGAGAACGUCCCUGCAGUUGUGGAGUUUGAAAUUGAAGACCUAGGUUAUAUCCGGUAUUAUUUAGCACCGAAAAUUGAAGAUGAUGCCGAUUAGGAUAACUAAAGAAAACUCAACAGACUAUUUUUCUACUUACUGUGCAUCACAAUAAAUAUAUUGGUACAAAGAGGCACCAAAUACACAUGCCACACAAAUCUCAUUCGAUAUGUGUGAGGGCUGUGAUACUGCCCGGGUGCCCAAACCGAAGCAGGAUUUAUUGCUAAAUAAGAUAUCUAGCUAAACUCUAAACACCACGUGGCAGAUAUCUCAAUUACAAUGAUCGGUUUUGUAAUUGAUGGACAUAAAUCAUCUAGGCAUCUGGUAACAACUGCGGCUAAUUGCAAAAAUCUUCACUGUGUUUAAUUAAAUUGCGAGAUCUGGUUUAUUAUGCAUCGUGUCAACCUAUGAAAAGGGGUGAUCUACACUGAAUUGAAAUUUGGUACGACGGACAAUAUAUUCGGAUUCUUUCAAGUGGAAUAGUACACAUCAAUUAAGCAGGAUUUAUCAAAGUAACAUUAAAAUAUAAUUGAUUGACAACAUUGAUAUAUGAUUGUCUCGUACUGAUAAUGUGAACGGUAACCGAUUAAUUCAUUACAAAAGAUAAACAACGAGAAAUCACAUUAUCUAGUAACAAAAUAAAAUACCUGUGCUACAAUAGCUGAGUGGCCCAGUAAAAUAACUCACUGAAGUUUAAAGCAAACUAUCCUGGUCACCAGUCAUACUGAAUUAGAA